AUGCACCGAUUCCACCGAUCGACUCGUCUUGUUGCCUCUACACUUUCUCGACAUGGUGCCAAGCCCAAUGUCCGGUUUAUGAGUAGUCUUCCCAAACCAGUGACAGAGAUUACACAUCCUGAUGCCAAUGUAUCUCCAGCAACACAAGAGACUGUUCAACGUUUCAACCAAUACACCAUGUCCACCUAUGGUCGACCUGAUCUUGUACUGAACCGUGGGCAAGGCUGUUAUGUGUAUGAUACGGAUGAUCGUGCCUAUCUCGAUUUCACUGCCGGCAUUGCUGUUGUUGCCUUGGGCCAUGCCGAUCCACAAGUCGCCAAGGUAUUGGAAGAGCAAGCCAAGAAACUUGUACACACCAGCAACUUGUAUUAUAGCGAGACGGCUGGCUUGCUUGCUGAAAAGAUCGUAAAGACCACGCAACAACAUGGUGGCGAUUGGGCCAGCAAGAUUUUCUUUGCCAAUUCAGGAACUGAGGCAAACGAAGGUGCAUUGAAAUUUGCUCGCAAAUGGGGCAAACACAUUGCAGGCGAGAACGGCAAAAAGACCAAGAUUAUCUCUUUUGUAAAUGGUUUCCACGGUCGAUCCAUGGGUGCUUUGUCCGCCACUUACAAUCCCAAAUACCAAAUCCCAUUCGCUCCUUUGGUGCCUGGAUUUUCAUCCGUUCCUUACAAUGAUGUCGACGCUGCUCUCAAUGCCAUUGACGAUGAUGUAUGUGGUGUGAUCAUUGAACCUUUCCAAGGCGAAGGUGGUAUCCAUUCAGCCAACAAGGAAUUCCUCGAAGCAUUGCGUAAGCGUUGUGAUGAAAAGAAGGCAUUGUUGAUCUUUGAUGAAAUUCAGUGUGGUCUUGGCCGUACGGGUAAAUUGUGGGGUCACGAACAUCAUGGUGGCAUCAAGCCUGAUCUUUUGACUAUGGCCAAGCCGCUUGCCAACGGUGUGCCCAUUGGUGCUGUCUUAUCCAGUGACAAGGUGUCUCAAAUCAUUAAGCCUGGUGAUCAUGGUACCACUUUUGGUGGCAACCCACUUGCUACCGGUGUGGCCCUCCAUGUCUUUGGAAGGAUAAGCGAUGAAAGCUUCCUCAAGUCUGUGCAGGAAAAGGGUGAUGCAUUGAAGGGUGAUCUUAAGGCACUUCAAGCUGAAAUGCCUGAUGUCAUCAAGGAGGUUCGUGGUCAAGGUUUGCUUUUGGGCGUUGAGUUGUUCAAGGAUCCUUCGCCCGUUGUCAAGAUGGCUCGUGAACGUGGUUUGCUUUUGGUGACAGCUGGCUGCAACACCAUCCGCAUUGUUCCCCCACUUGUCGUUACCCCUGAAGAAGGACGUGAAGCUGUCGCUCGUCUUGCAGGUGCUUUGCAGGAAUUCAAAAAGUCUGCUUAG